CGCGAAACAAACACACAUUCGCGUUUUCUCCGAAACCCUUUUCAAUGAUUCCACCAAGAAUCUCCUUCAAUGCUGAAAAGCUCCUCUUGUUGGCCCUCUCCUUUUUCGCCAUCAUCAUGACCUCCAGCGAUGGCCCUUGCCUAGCGAUGGGGCAAGGCAACAACAACAACGCUACAAUCAUCGGAGUAAACAUCGGGGUGGUUCUUGAUCUGGAGACGAGGGGGGCUCAGAUGGGAUUGAGCUGUAUUAACAUGUCUCUCUCCGACUUUUAUAGUUCAAACCCUUCCUACAAGACUAGGCUCGUCCUCAACGUAAGAGAUUCCAAACAAGAUGAGGUUGCUGCUGCUGCUGCAGCGCUUGAUUUGAUAAAGAAUAAGCAAGUCCAAGCCAUAAUAGGCCCUGAAGGUUUGGUGCAAGGAGACUUCAUUAUUGACCUUGGAAACAAAUCUCAUGUGCCCAUCAUCUCUUUUUCUGCUACUAAUCCUUCCCUCCGUUCGAUUCGAAGUCCGUACUUCGUUCGAGCCGUACAAAAUGACUCGUCCCAAGUGAAUGCCAUAAGCGCAGUCAUCCAAGCCUUUGGCUGGAAAGAAGCGGUCCUCAUAUAUGUGGACAACGAGUUUGGAGAAAGCAUCAUACCCUCUCUUACCUAUGCUUUGAGAGAAGUCAGCACGCAAGUGCCCUAUAGGAGCAUCAUUUCUCCUUCGGCCACGGAUGAUCAAAUCCUAGAGGAACUCUACAAGUUAAUGACGAUGCAAACGAGGGUCUUCAUCGUGCACAUGUUACCUACCCUCGGUUCUCGGCUAUUCGCCAAAGCAAAAGAGGUGGGAAUGAUGAGCGAAGGUUAUGUGUGGAUCUUGACUAAUGGGAUCACUGACCGAUUGAGUUCUGUGGUUUCAUCUGUUGUCACUAGUUCGAUGCAAGGAGUACUAGGCAUCCGGACUUAUAUCCCAAACACACCAAACCUCGACAACUUCAUGUUCCGAUGGAAGAUGAAAUUCCAGCAAGACAAUCCAUCCAUCCUUAAUCCUACGUUGAACAUUUUCGGAUACAGGGCUUAUGAUGCUACUCGGGCUCUGGCAAUGGCUAUCGAGGAAAUGGGUGCAACGAAUUUUACCUUCCAGAUGUUGAAUGCUUCGACAAAUGCAACGGAUCUCGAUAGUAUAGGGGUCUCUCAAAAUGGUCAGAAACUUCUCCAAGAACUAGCUAAUAUGAUGUUCACUGGCCUCACUGGAAAUUUUAAACUCGUCAGUGGGCAGCUAGAGUCGUCAGUGCUCCAGAUCGUUAAUAUCAAUGGAAAUGCAGCUAGAGGGGUUGGGUUUUGGACGCAAGAAAAUGGGCUACUAAGAGAUUUGAAUUCAUUCAAUGCAAGCAAGUAUUCCACUUCGAAGAGUAAUCUCGGACCAAUAAUAUGGCCAGGAGAUACGACCUAUUUUCCUAAGGGAUGGGAGAUACCCACAAAUGGGAAGAGGCUGAAAAUUUUAGUCCCUGUGAAGGUUGGUUUCUCUCAAUUUGUGAAGGUGACUCAAGAUCCUAGCACAAAUACAUUCCAAGUCACUGGAUACUGCAUCGACAUCUUUCGAGCAGUCAUAGAAAAAUUGCCUUAUGCUAUUGCUUAUGACCUUAUUCCAUUUGCCUUGCCUAAUGGAAUUAAAGCUGGCAAUUACAAUGACAUGAUCGAUCAAGUGUUUUACCAGAAUUACGAUGCAAUAGUGGGCGAUACAACGAUCACUGCAAAUAGAUCAUUAUAUGUUGACUUCACCUUACCGUACACUGAAUCGGGGGUUGCAAUGCUUGUGCCAUACAAGGAUAGCAAGAGCAAGAAUGGUUGGGUUUUCUUGAAGCCCCUCACUUGGGACCUUUGGUUAACAACCGGAUGCUUUUUUGUGUUUAUAGCAUUGGUCGUGUGGAUUCUUGAACACCAGAUUAACGAAGAUUUCAGGGGUCCAGCUGCGCAUCAAGUUGGCACGAGCUUUUGGUUCUCAUUUUCAACCAUCGUCUUUGCACAAAGGGAGAGAAUAUUUAGCAACCUAGCCAGAUUUGUUGUGAUCGUGUGGGUUUUCGUGGUACUUAUACUAACGCAAAGUUAUACUGCAAGCUUGAGCUCUCUUUUGGUGGUGCAAAAUCUUCAACCAACUGUGACUAAUAUGGAUUGGCUCCUAAAAAGUGGAGAAAAAGUGGGAUACCUAGACAGCUCUUUCGUUUAUGAAAUGCUAAAGCAAAUGAAGUUUGAUGAUUCUAGACUUAUAUCUUAUCAAUCUCCUGAAGAAUGUGAUGCACUGCUUUCCAAUGGAAGCACAAAGGGUGGGAUCGCAGCAGCAGUCGACGAAGUCCCCUACAUUAAACUUGUUCUUUCUAAAUAUUGCAACAAAUAUACCAUGAUCCCAACCUUUAAAACUGCUGGAUUUGGCUUCGUUUUCCGUAAAGGGUCUCCGCUAGUGCCGGAUAUUUCACAAGCAAUCCUCAACGUAACUGAAGGGCGUAAAAUGAUGGAAAUCGAAAAUGCAUGGUUUCCAUCACAAACUAACUGCCUAGAUUCGACUAACUCAAUUUCUUCAAACCGCUUGGGUCUCGACAAUUUCUGGGGCCUAUUCUUGAUUGCUGGAGUUGCUGCAGUUUUAGCUCUCCUCAUUUUCAUGGUCAUGUUCAUCAAAAGAAACUGGCACAUCAUAACAAGUUCUUCAGGUUCAUUCUGGGAGAAAACCAUUGCUUUGGGAAGACAAUUUCACCAAAGAGACCUCAAUUCCCACACUUUUAGGAAAGCCAGAUUUAGAGAUAGAAGUAUGGAAGAUGGUGGCAAUGUGACUGCAACUAUUGAAACUUUAGAAGACAGUAACUUUCCGCCAAGUCCGUCAAGCGACUCCAGCCAAAUCGACAACGUGCUAACCAAUGAGCAAGGCUCACCAUCUGCAGAACAAGGACUUUCAAAUUAUAUAGACGAAAGGUACCCCAAGAUAGCGAUAAACGUAGAGCUUACAAAUGUAAAUUGUUGAGGUACAUGCCUCAACAACAUUAUAUGAAUGGACAUGAUCAA